CCGCCGACCCCGCCAGCGCAGCUGCUCGCGAGCCGCCAGGGGCCCGCCUCGCCGCCCGCCGCGUCCUCGGACUUGUUCCAACAAUCUGCUAAAACAUGGUGGAUUAUUAUGAAGUUCUAGGCGUGCAGAGACAUGCCUCACCUGAGGAUAUCAAAAAGGCGUAUCGGAAACUGGCACUAAAGUGGCACCCAGAUAAAAAUCCUGAGAAUAAAGAAGAAGCAGAGAGAAAGUUCAAACAAGUAGCCGAGGCCUAUGAGGUGCUAUCAGAUGCUAAAAAACGAGACAUCUAUGACAAAUACGGCAAAGAAGGAUUAAAUGGUGGUGGUGGAGGAGGUGGAAGUCAUUUUGACAGUCCUUUUGAGUUUGGCUUCACAUUCCGGAACCCAGAAGAUGUCUUCAGGGAAUUUUUUGGUGGAAGGGACCCAUUUUCAUUUGACUUCCUUGAAGACCCAUUUGAUGACUUUUUUGGGAACCGAAGAGGUCCCCGAGGAAGCAGAAACCGAGGCACGGGCUCCUUCUUCUCUGCCUUCACUGGGUUUCCAUCAUUUGGAGGUGGAUUUUCUUCAUUUGAUCCAACAGGGUUCACUUCGUUUGGGUCCCUAGGUCACGGAGGUCUCACUUCAUUUUCUUCAGCUUCAUUUGGUGGCAGUGGGAUGGGCAACUUCAAAUCGAUAUCCACGUCUACCAAAAUAGUUAAUGGCAGAAAAAUCACUACAAAGAGAAUUGUGGAGAAUGGUGAAGAAAGGGUAGAAGUUGAAGAAGAUGGCCAGUUAAAGUCCUUAACGAUAAAUGGUGUGGCUGACGAAGAAGCCCUGGCAGAAGAAUGCCUUCGCAGAGGCCAGCACUCCCUGCCCGCCCCGUCAACCAGUGCCCGCCUGCAGAAGCUGGCCCGGCCUGCCUCUGGGGCCAGAGUUGUGUCUCACAGCACCUGGGAAGAGGAUGACGAACAGGACAGGUUGCGGGUUCCUGGUAGCUGGGACGCCCCCAUGACCUCAGCAGGGUUCAAGGAAGGUGGCAAGAGGAAGAAGCAGAAGCAGAAAGAGGAAUCGAAGAAGAAGAAGUCGACCAAAGGGAACCACUAGGCGGGAAUUGCCGGCAGCCCCAGCAGCCCCUCUCGCGCAGCCACGCACACGCACGUGGCAGGCGGCCUUUCACGCUGCCCAGGGCCAUCUCGCUUAGCAGGAUUGCGGACUGUGCUCACAGAUCGGUAGGAUCAGGCGUGUUGGAGAUGGAGAUGAUGAUCUUGGUGGCCUGUAGAAGUUUGUGACCCAGGCUCAAUGUUGUUACUCUGCUUUUCUCAUCACUAAAUCUGCUAGCGUUUCCUUCUUGACUUGCCUCUUUCUUUUCUGCUGUUGAAGCCCUGCUCUGAGUACUGAGGUAUUUGUAGCUAUAGAUGUUCGUUGGGGUCCCGCAGGGAGCUGGGUAUUUAUUCAUGAGAUGACUUUCUUUCCCUGUGGCAGUACAGUAUAGCGUUUGAAGUUAAAGGUAACAUAAGCUGUCCCUUGAGCUGUGGCUGUCAGGGAACUUUUGUUCAGGGUAACCAGGCAGCACAUGGCAGUCCAGCAUGUGUCACUUCAGAUGUUGAGUCAUUCCCUGUACGUCCCUGCUCUGGUUUACUCCUCUCCAGGGGUCCAAAUAUCACCUAGUUUAUGUAAGGCUCAUCAUCUUCUUGGACCCGUAGCUGUCCUUUCUUCAGUUAAGGGUUUUGCUCAGCAGUACCAUCUCCAGUCUUCGCAGGCCAGCUGCAUGCUGGGAGAUCAGGCUGGUUCUUCACACGGACACAGGAACCCACAGGCGUGUGCGAAGUGGCUGUUGAGCAAAGCUUGACCUCAGUACUCGUGUUUGCAAACCCCAGCCUCUUCACAAAGCAUCCAGCUGUGGUGCUGACUCCUGUCACCAUCGUUUCUGCAUGCCAUGCUGCUGCCUGACCUGUCAUGUGCACGAAGCAGCGAGUCAUUGUGCUGCUGCCCACUCUGGCCUGCACGGUCUUUGUGGUAUGCGUAUGAGGGGCCGUGUUUACACGCCGUCUUCUCGAUCUUCUCAGAAAGCACUGGUGGGCAUGAUAAGAUGCCAGCAGCCAACCAGCAGUGGUGAAGGGAGUUUUUGGUGAUACAGUGCCAUAGCUGGGAGUCCUGGACAGGAGACAGGGUCACCUGAGGUGGCUGUCACGAAGAGUUUGCUGUGUUUGCUUGGUUUUUGUGGGAGGUGGCAUGGGUGGUUACUGUGGAGCCUGGGCUGAUAUUUAGUGUGUGCUGUGGAAAAUGUGACCUUCAAGUGUAACGUGUUUUAACCCUACCGGUGGAAAUAAAAUGUAAGUGUUACUGA